AUGGCCUCGUUUAAUGUGGUCACUGGAGAUCUUAUUCGUCUCAUUGAGACGCCUCAUGAAAAGCAACAGGACGUACUUGGCACUAUGGGCGGUCUUGAGGGCAUUGCCGUCUCGCUGAACGUUGAUCCACGCCAGGGAUUGGACUCGAAUAAUAUUGUUGAUCUGUCGAAUCGUGAAGAGGCAUUUGGGAAAAAUUAUGUGUCUCCACCUAAAGCCAAGAGCUUUUUGGAACUCAUGUGGGACGCUUUUCAGGACAUUACGAUCAUUGUGUUGACCAUUUCAGGUUUCAUUUCAAUCAUUCUGUCCUCGACGGUGGGGGACCAUCCUGAGACUGGAUGGGUGGAAGGAGCCUGUAUUAUUCUUGCUGUCGUGGUUGUGACACUCGUUACGGCCAUGAAUGAUUACCAGAAAGAGGCACAGUUUCGUGCAUUAAACGCUAUCAAGGAGGAUGAAAAGAUUAAGGUCAUUCGCAACGGUCAACCCGCUGAAAUUAGCAAGUGGAGUCUCGUAGUCGGUGACAUUGUCCGUGUUGAUCUAGGUGACAUUAUUCCUGCCGAUGGAAUCGUCUUUAACGCAAAAGAGAUGAAAAUGGACGAAAGUGCCAUGACUGGUGAGUCGGACUUACUGUCAAAGGACGCCGAGAACCCAUUUCUUCUCUCUGGUACCAAGGUCAUGGAGGGAGUUGGCAAGAUGCUGGUGAUAUGUGUGGGUGAAAACUCGCAAGCUGGUAUUAUUAAGAGCUUGAUUAACGGCAACCGACCAGGUGCUGCUGCCACUGGAGGCGGCAAUGCGGCUAUGAACAAGAAGAAUGGGGACUCGGAUGAGCAAAUCUAUAUCGAGAUCAAGACUCCUAAGGAGGGUACUCACGAGAACGAGAACACCAAGGGUGGUGACGAAGACGAUGAAUGCCAGUCUCCGCUGGAAGCCAAGUUGUACAACUUGACGGUACUAAUUGGCAAGUUGGGUACACUUGUGGCUCUUUUGGUGUUCGUCAUCAUGUCGAUCCGUUUUUCGAUUGACACAUUCGGUCGAGACAACAAGCCGUGGAAGAGUGGCUACAUCAGUGAUUACCUGAACUUCUUCAUUAUCGCUAUCACCGUGCUAGUGGUAGCCAUUCCCGAGGGUCUCCCACUCGCUGUGACCAUUGCUCUUGCCUAUUCUGUGAAGAAGAUGCUUGUCGAUAACAACUUAGUGCGUCAUCUGGACGCCUGUGAGACGAUGGGCAGUGCCACGACAGUGUGCUCCGAUAAAACUGGCACGCUGACGACAAACCGUAUGACCGUGAUGCAGUUGUGGAUCGGAGGUCAGGAAUUUUCGUCUGCUUCGGUGGGUGUCCAUGCGUUGUCAGACUCGACAAAGGAGGCAUUGUGCAUAGGUAUUGCUGUGAACUCGACGGCUGAGAUCCUUCUCCCUAAGGUGGAGAAUGGCCAGCCUGAACACACUGGUAACAAGACGGAGUGCGCUCUUCUGCAGUACAUUCGUGACGGCGGUAUGGAGUACCCAGAGCUCCGUGCGAACAACGAAGUUGUUCACAUGCUGACGUUUAGCAGUGCUAAGAAGCGUAUGUCGGUGGUAGUGCGUCGGAGUGCGACAACAUGUCGUGUGUACACGAAAGGUGCGACGGAGGUGGUGCUUGGUUUGUGCGAAAAUAUGCAGGACAUAAACGGUUCGAUUGAGGGCCUGAAUGAGGGUAUUAAAGCAAAGAUUGGCGAGGAGGUGAUUGAGAAGUACGCGUCGCAGGCGUACCGUACGUUGUGCUUGGCCUACCGGGACUUGGAUGUACCCGCCGAGGACACGACUGACUGGGCGGACGACGACUUGGAGAGGAACUUGACUUGUGUGGCCAUUGUUGGUAUUGAAGAUCCUGUCCGUCCGGAGGUGCCUGAUGCCAUCAAGAUGUGCGCCACUGCUGGUAUCACGGUGCGCAUGGUGACAGGCGACAAUAUUACGACUGCUCGAUCGAUUGCCAGCAAAUGCGGUAUCACGACGCCUGGUGACGGCUCGUUGAUUAUGGACGGCUUGACGUUCCGCAGCCGUGUGCUGGACGCACAGGGCAACAUCAUCCAGUCCGAGUUUGACAAGAUCUGGCCUAUGCUGCGCGUGCUCGCCCGUUCGUCGCCAAAGGACAAAUAUACGCUGGUAUCUGGAUUGAUGCAGAGCAAUGUUGUGCCGCACGGCCCUCAGGUGGUUGCUGUGACUGGUGACGGCACGAAUGACGCUCCUGCUCUGAAAAAGGCGAACGUGGGUUUUGCUAUGGGUAUCAGUGGCACUGCCGUUGCUAAGGACGCUUCGGACAUUAUAUUGAUGGACGAUAACUUCAAUUCAAUUGUAAACGCUAUCAAGUGGGGACGUAACGUGUACGACUCGAUCGCCAAAUUCCUGCAGUUCCAACUGACGGUAAAUGUGGUUGCCAUUUCUUUGGCGUUUAUCGGUGCAGUUGUGCUCGAGCAGUCUCCUUUGUCGGCUGUGCAGAUGCUUUGGGUGAACUUGAUAAUGGAUUCGUUCGCAUCGCUUGCCCUUGCGACGGAGGAGCCAACCCCGCAAUUGCUGGAGCGUAAACCUUACCCAAAGACUGAGCCGUUGAUUUCGAAGAAGAUGACAAAGCACAUUCUUGGUCAGUCGGCUUACCAGCUCAUCUUACUGCUGACACUUGUGUUCACUGGCGAGAAGUGGUUCAAUAUUCCGUCCGGCCGUUUCACGGACCUUGUCGAGGGUGAGGAAAAUGACCCGACGCAGCACAUGACGAUUGUGUUUAACACGUUCGUGUUGGCGCAGCUAUUUAACGAGCUGAAUGCCCGUAAGAUCCAUGACGAGAUCAACAUCUUUACGGGAAUCACGAAGAACCCUGUGUUUCUAUGGGUGUGUUUGCUGCAAGUUGCUAUGCAGUACGCGAUGGUGCAGCACACUGGUAACUGGUUCAAGUGCAAGCCACUUGACCUGAACCAGUGGCUUGCCUGUAUUGGGAUGGGCUUUGUGUCACUGCCACUUGGUUUGGCGUUACGCCUGAUUUCUAUGAAGAACGCUCCAAGCUGGAUGACACUCUGCCGCGAGGCCGACAUGGACGAGGUACGCGAAAUUACGUCUGGCCGUGGCCAGGCACUCUGGGUGCGUGGCAUUACUCGCCUUCGCGCUCAGAUUCGCGUAGUCAAGGCCUUCCAGAAGGGAAUGCAGCCCAAGUCUCUCAUCAAGGGGUAG